AUGCAAACUAAUAUUGUUAAAGUAUUACGAUUAGGAAAAUUGAGAUAUGGUCCUAGUGUAAAACUUCAAAAAAUACUUUCCGAUUUACAUUUUAAGCAACUAAAUAAUGAAACGUGUAAUACAUUAUUACUUGUUGAACAUGAUCCAGUAUACACUAUAGGAAUUCGGAAUAAAAACUAUACAGAAGAAGAUGAAAAGAAGUUAAGAAAUCUUGGUGCAGAAUUUUUUAAAACAGAUAGAGGUGGUCUUAUAACGUUUCAUGGACCAGGACAAUUAGUAGCAUAUCCUAUUUUAAAUUUAAAACAAUUUAAACCUAGCAUUAAGUGGUAUGUUUGUCAGAUAGAACAAAUGAUUAUACGCCUGUGUGCUGAAUUUGAUAUAUUAGGAACAACUUCUCCAGAUACAGGAGUUUGGGUUAAUGAUAAGAAAAUUUGUGCGAUUGGUAUUCAUGGUAGUCGCUACAUUACUACACAUGGUUUAGCUUUAAAUUGUAAUACUGAUUUAACAUGGUUUGAUCAUAUUGUACCGUGUGGCAUCGAAGGUAAAGGAGUUACUAGCAUUAGCAAAGAACUUAAUAUAAAUAUAACAAUCGAAGAUGUAUUACCUACAUUUCAAAAUGUAUUUCAAGAAAUGUUUCAAUGUUCUUUAGUUCAAUAUCCAACUAAUGAAGCAUCAGAAUUACUUCGAAAUAUAAAAAAUUGUAUAUAAUUUACAAAAAAAUACAUCAAAAAUUGUUCUCAUAUAAUGCCUAAUUGAUCAAGUAUAAAUAAAAAAUUGUAUUUAAAUUUCUUUUUAUCUUAAAAACACAAUAUAUUUACAAUAUUUAAUAAAUUACAUUUUUUAUGAAAUUUACAAGAAAUUUGCAUUUAAAAGUAAAUAUCUUAUCAAUCAUGAUAUAUUAUAAACAAAUUUAAUCACUUAUUAAAUAUGCAUUACUAUAUUAGUCAUGAUGAUUUAAUAGAAAUGAAUAUUGAAAUAACAAAUAUUUCAAGAUCAUACACUAUAAUGUAUGUUAAUCAUAAACGUUGAUAUAUUAACAAUUCUUAUACAAUAGAUGCAGCCCUGCACAAUAACAACAAUAUUAUUCAAAAUUUGUUGUAAAUUUUUAAAUAUAACAAAUAUUUUAAAUUAAUAUUUUAAAUUAAUAUUUUUAAUUAAUUACUAAUAGUAACACAAGAUAUGUUCAAUUGGUAAAAUACUUGACUAGAUUAUUCAAGCCUCAUUAUGUCAUGUAUGUAUGUGCAAAAUAUCAAUAUAAGAAAAAACAUUUAGAAUUUUAAGCAAGAAUUGGUAAAUUGUGCAAGAACAAAUAUAUUGUAUUAUUCUGUUAAAA